UGUCAUGUGUUUACGAAACGCGCCAAAAAGCGUUGAAACCAGGUUGAAACUCACUGAGAGUUCAUGAAAGACCACUAUUCUCUUCUGUCUAACCGUAUGUCGAAUACGUCUCCUACGAUCUCUGGUCUGUCUCGUAAACCUGCAAGUGCUCGAGACUUAAGUGCGAACUGUUAUACGUUUUCUUUGUUAACGUAUCAGUGUAAAAUUCCACAAUACUGUUGAACAUCUUUCGAAGAAAAUGGGAAUUUUCUCGGUGACUGCGUUGAAGUUUUUGUUCUAGGUUGUGUUGCUAUUUAUAAUUGAAUAAUUUGCUUUUAAUUCUUCUUUCCCGACGCUGUGAUAUAUCACUAACGAUAAGGUUAUGGAUGUAAUUCUUGAAGCUUUAGAAAAAGUGGAUGUAAACGAUCCAGAAUGGACAAUUCCUGAAGAAGCAUGUGCUGCAUUUGAUCAGUAUCUGCUGGACUCCUUAAAUCCGGAAAAUGUUGCUUUUCACGAUAGACCUCCUGCAGAAAAUGAUUUUAAAGAUUCUGUGCCACGUAUUGAAAGUAAGCUUCAGUUUGUUAAAAAUUAUUUGACAAAGCUCUUCUGUAUAAAAUCCGAAAUGAAAAGCGAAGAUUUAAAAUUAAAGAAGAACACAGUUGUGUUGUUGUUAAUGUUAUGUGGAGAACAUACAAGGAAUAAACCAUGGAGCUCUGAACAUUGUCUGAAAUAUGCCGUAGACAUUUUGCAGCUUACUUAUCAACUUUGUGGUUGCUCAAAAUUGCAAGAUUUAUUAGUGCAUGAUAAAAUUGAUGAUAGUGUAAAUAGGGAUCCGCUGUUUAAACCUGUGUUACUGGCAUUGAGGCCUAAGUUAUUGAAAAACACUUGGAAGGCUUAUCCUGCUGCAGUGUCAUGCUUUUGUUGGAUUCUACCUCAUGUGAAGAGCCCUCAUUUAAGUGAUCAUAUGGAUUCUGUUUUACCAACUGCUCUUAUUUUGGUAGAUGAUUAUGAAUCAGAAAACAGACUUUUAGGAAUAAAAUGCCUUCACCAUAUUGUGGAUAAUGUGCCUCGAACGCAGUUGUGCUGGUAUGGGCAAGCAGAAGUGGUGUAUCAAGCACUGUUCCGGAUGCUUUACUUCCGUGAUGAACUGCUUGCUGCCCCUUUGCUGGAUUGUCUGAUUCUGGUUGUAGAGAAGAUAGAAAGUGGUCCUGAGGCAAAGGAUCGUGAACUGGAGUGGACGCGGCGCGACGACGUGGCGCAGCUGGUGCUGCAGCAGAUGGAGGCGGAGCAGAAGCUGGCGCUGCGGGAGGCGUACGCGCGGGCGCUGCCGCCGCUGGCGCGCGCCCUGGGCCCCGCGCUGCCCCGCUGGGCGCGGCGCCUCGCCCGC